AUGCUCCAGGCAUUAACAAAGAAAUCGAAGUCCAAAUCACGAAAUCACAGUGAGACUAACCAGAACUCGCGCUGGGAAGCGCUGUCUCCAGUUGAGGCAAAGUCAAUCACACCGGAUUUUCGAAGUCAACGAAAGUUUCGAUGUAGGAAGGAUAGUUCAUUGCGCGUUAUUAACGAAGGCGAUAAAUUUGGUGGCUCAAUUAGAACUCGAAGUACUUCAUCGAGAAGAUCGUGCUCUGCUAUGGUGACCUUCGAAUCCAUAAAACCUACUCAAAUUUGGCAGGCGUCUGCAAGUCCUUCGCCUCCACCUUCUACAGUGACUUCGAGGCUCCAAACGAAGCCAAAGCACCCGAUGGAAAGCCUUGCUCUUUCAAUGAUUUCUCAGUCGUCUGUUGAAAAUCAGUGGUUGUCAUUAUCAACAGGAGAUGAGGAUGAUUUGAGUGAUAGUUCAGAUGAAGACGAUGAAGAGACUGAAGGGAAGAGAACCGAUUCUGAUCGAGGAAAACGAGCAUCCACCUCCAAAUCUCGUCGGAUUCGAAGCUCAAACUCGAGUUCAGAUUCUUCUUCAAGCUUCGAAAUAUCCCGAUCUUCCACAAAGUCUACCCGGCAUCGAAGAAAGAGACAGACGUCUCGAAGACAUCUGCGCGAUAACGCAGAUUAUUCUUCCAGUUCUUCAUCUGCAUCCAGUGACUCCUCUAGCAGUUCUUCCAGUGAAGAUGAAAACGAAUUUGGUAUUUUCUGGAAACCGAAAUCCGGUGGAAGUAUUCGAAGCACAUCAUCUGUCCAGUCCACUCCUCAAUUGAAACGACCUCCACAGCAUCCCAUACAACAGCAAGUUUUGCUUCCAUCUGUCGGAACACCUCAGAUUAUUCCUCGAUACUCUACCACUCACGUUUACAAACGCCCCCAGACCCUUAACCUUGCAAACAGUACUUGUCCACGACCAAUCUCUAGUAGAAGCUCUUCAAAGGAAGCUCACAUUUUGCAUACCACUGCGAAAGCUGUUGAGGACUACUUUCCCACAAUGGAAUGGAUUGAGAAGUACAAAGUUAUCAGUGUACGUCGAGGUGAUCUGCUUAGAAUUAUCCCAUAUCCUGGAACGUGUGGGGAUAAAUCGUCAUCUUCCACCAGUUGGUACCUGGCCCAGAAGUGGUGCACGGAUCACGGAUCAGGCACAGGCCCGAUUGGAUUUGUUCCCAAAACUGUUUGCUCCUUUAUAUGCCUUGAUAGUGCUCCCAGGAUUUCUCACAUUAGUCCAAGACACAAUCGAUCGCAAGAGUACGCUAUGAAGAUGUCAGACGCUGGAAUCUUCAUGCCAAGUGCCCCUUCGGAUAUAAUUCCAGCAAAUGUAACUGGGCAGAUAACUGUAGCACCGACUAUAUGUGACACAGCCUCAGAACCUACUCCUUCUCGUGGUUUAUAUCCUUCGCCACAACUCAGUCUUCACACGCCUUCCACGACAGCAACUAAGACUUCUUUCACUUCAAUCCCUGCGGUGUAUGAAAUUGAAGAUAGGGAUUCUGGACGAGGUCCGAGUUCUGGUUCUGAAUGGAGUAGUGGAAAAGGCGGAAGUCUAAGCGGCGCUACAGAUAUAAACCUGGAUGAGAAGGAGCAACAUCAUUCGGCCUCCCAGCAACCAUCUGCCUCAAGUCAUAUAUCGUCCUCCUUUAAAUGGUUUCCUAAUGAAAUGGGAUUCCAUCGUCGAUCUUCCUUGGAUCAACAGUCAGGAUCCACUUUUACCUGUCCUCUUCCACCUCCACCGAUGGCUUUACUCUCGCAUGUAUGUGCCGACCCAAUGAUGAAUAAGAAACCAGCAUCUACUCUAAAUGCAAUGUCGGUGUCUGAUACUGAAGCUGUCGGACCUAUGUGUUCACCUACAGGAGCGAAAAACCGUCUAUACGUUCGAUCAACAAAGCCUAUAGCAGUCGAAAGUGGUAUAGAUAUGGAUAACCGUAUCAAAAAGUCAGAAGACUCUUCAGAUGAUCCGCCGAUUUCUGAUACUCAUCCACAUGGUCACGAAGAUGAGGAAGGUGGAACAAGCGGUUCUCCCCAAUCAGCGGUAGUUGUUGUACCCUCCAACUCUGAUCCGGCUCACUGGGAACCCUACAAGACCAUGAUACAAGUGGGACAGAAUAAACUAGAGAAAUUUACUCUUGUUUAG